CAACGUAACCUUGGUUUAGUCUUGUCACAAAAUGUACUUCGUUACUGUGGUACUUCUUCUACAAGCAGUGUCCAUCCUGUGCAGCAACAUAUUAGGCGUGUUCAUAUUUCCUUCAAUUAGCCACCAAAGCGUUUUUCAGUCAAUCUGGAAAGAACUAUCCCUGAAAGGUCACAACGUCACUGUGGUAACACCAAAUCCUUUGAACAACCCAACCUUGACAAACCUAACUGAAAUCAGUAUUAGCUUCACGUACGACUUUCUAAAACAAACCAAAAUCCAAAAACUUUUGUCAAAAGAUGGCAACAUUUUUCAAAACUAUGACGCUACGAUUCGUUUUAUAGAUGUUGUUGUAGAAGCCGAACUCAACAGUACUGGCUUCAAAGAACUGAUAGCUGAUCAGUCCAGACAUUUUGAUUUGAUUUUAGUCGAAUUUUUUCAUCCAAUUAUGUACGCUUUAGGAGGGAGAUUCAAAGCCCCUGUUGUUGGAGUUUCUGCGUUUGGACUAAUAUCAGUCAACGACAAGAUUGUUGGUAAUCCCACACACCCAGUACUUUACCCAGAUCUUCUAUUUGGGUUCUAUAACAUCGAGUCGUCAGUGUGGAACAAAAUUAAAAGUGCUUUAUGGAGCGUGUAUUCAGAGUACUACCACCAUGUUAUUUGGGUACCGAGACAACAUAGGGUUGCAAAAAAGUACUUUGGUGAAAAUUUGCCGUACUUAGGAGAUCUCGAGACGGGUCAAAGCAUGUUUUUUCUAAAUGUAAAUCCUUUGUUGUACCCGUCGAGGCCCAACGUACCCGCUAUAGUCGAAAUGGGGCAGAUGCACAUGAAACCGGUACAACCGCUUCCUCAAGAUUUGCAACAAAUACUAGAUGAAGCUACCGAAGGUGUGAUCUAUGUCAGCUUAGGGUCAAACAUCAAAAGCGUAAACUUAGAUGAAAAACUGAGGAACACAAUAAUAGAAGCCUUAUCUGAAUUACCUUACAAAGUCUUGUGGAAAUGGGAGUCCGAAUACUUGCCUGGAAGACCAAAGAACGUGGUCACAAGACACUGGUUUCCCCAACAGGAUCUCCUUGCACAUCGAAAUAUUCGUGCUUUCGUUACCCAAGGGGGUCUUCAAUCCAUUGAAGAAGCAGUCUCUAGAGGGGUACCACUCAUUGGGAUGCCUUUCAUGGGAGAUCAGCCAUCAAAUGUGCAAAAAAUUGUAGACAUGGGGAUCGGGUUAGGUGUUGAUCCAAGUACCGUGAGCAAGGAGGAACUAAGGCAAUGUAUAGUUAAUGUUGCCGAAAACAAUAAAUAUAAAAAACGGAUCGAAGAAAGUCGUAAACUUUUGUACGAUAAGCCGAUGACGGGGCUGGAAAAGGCUGUUUGGUGGGCUGAGUACGUUAUUAGGCAUAAGGGGGCAAAACACCUGAGGAGGACAACAGCUGAUUUUUCUUAUUUUGACUAUUUCCUAGUGGAAGUUGUGUUAAUCGCAACUGUAAUGAUUAGUGUCAUUAUUUAUCUCUCGUACAAAAUAAUCCGAUUGACUAAUUGUCAAUAGUUAUCUGUCAAACCGACCGCAUGUGUGUGAAAAUAGUACUAAAUAAUCACCAAGUG